UGUGGUGCAUUCCGUCAGCUUGAGCACGUCACACUUUCGCUCCAUCCAUCACAUUGCUGUAACCUCUCCAUCUCCGCAUUGGAAAAGUGAGAGGCAUGUUCAUGAAAGUAUCAGGCGAAUAGAGGUCUGACCAGUCCAUCGUCAUGGCGAGGAAUCAAGAGACAGCUCAGAGCUACUUCCAGAGCUACUGCGACCUGAGUGUGCACCAGCUGAUGCUCAAGGACAGGCCGAGGACGCUGGCGUACAGGAAGUUCCUGGAGACAAACCGUGAUGUCAUCAAAGACAAGGUGGUAAUGGAUGUCGGGGCUGGCACGGGGAUUCUUUCCCUUUUUGCUGCCGCUGCCGGAGCGAAGAAAGUCUAUGCCGUUGAGGCCAGCGAUGUUGCCUUGAUCUGUGAGGAAGUCGUGAAAGACAAUGACCUUGAGAGUGUUGUUGAAGUUAUUCACGGAGCUGUAGAAGACAUUAGCUUGCCGGACGGCGUCAAAAUUGACGUGAUCAUCUCCGAGUGGAUGGGCUUCUAUCUGCUGCACGAGUCGAUGCUGGACUCUGUGAUCUGCGCCCGGGACAAGUUCCUGUCGCCAGACGGCAUCAUGGCCCCCUCAAGUGCCACGCUUUACAUGGCCCCUGUAGACAUGACCGAACACUUCCAGGAGCGGACGGAGGAGUGGAGCAACGUGUAUGGCUUCGACUUCUCGCCCGUGGCAUCGGCAAUGAACAUGAAGGAAGUGUCGGAGCCGUUGAUAAAGACGCUGCCGGGCAGCAUCGUCCGGGCCGAACCUCAGGAAGUUGUCAGCUUUGAUCUGAAGACUGUCACACUGGAGGAAGUGAGGCGUGUCUCCAAGUGUUUGAAGUUCACAAUCAACCAAGAGUCGAUGGUUCACGGUUUUGCAGCCUGGUUUUCAGUUUUCUUUAGUUCGGAGAAUGUUUCCAUCAGUGGGUCCAAUUCCCGUUCACCACAAAAGUCUGUGAACGAUAGUGGUGAAUGCUCGAGGGGAGGUUGUGUGGGAGGAGAGGGCGACGCAAUGAACGAGAAAGGCGAUGCCGGUGCUAGAUUAAAAACAGCUGGUUCUGAAGACGCUCAAAGCAAACGUAGUCAGCCGUCUGUCUCAGGUGGCCAAUGUCCGGCAAUAAUUCUUGGUACCGGGCCAAACGACCCCCCCACCCACUGGAAGCAGACGGUCAUCUUUCUCCCUCAGACUUGUCGAGUAGAACGGAAUAUUGAUAUGUUCUGUGUCAUCAAAAUGGUGCAAGAUUUAGCCAACAAGAGACACUAUAAAAUCACCCUCGAACUGACAGAUCAGGAUGUCUUAGAUGAUGGCAUGAAUGACGAUGACGAUGAUUGCGAUUCCCUCGAUGAGGACAUAAGUGGUGAGGAGUCUGAUGCAUCAACUGACCACCCCGUGCCUUGCCAGUGUGGCUCUGACCGCUGCCGUCUGAUCGCGGCCCUGGUGGAGCGAUACGACGAAGAGCAUGACCAGCUGGAGGACGAGGCUCAGAUGGUGGAGCUGGAGGCAGAGGUGGAAGCCGCCAAACAGCUUGACGCGGAGAUAGAGAGUGGAGGUUGGCAGGUGGACGGGAACGCAUCGGGUGUGUCGACAGACGGGGGUGAUACGUCACUCAAAGAUGAAAUAUGAUGAAUGGAUGGAUUUGUUGUUGUUGUGGCUGUCAAAUUGUUGCCAAAAAUGUUUGUUUGAGCUUCUUGCGCGUGAUGGUAUUUCUGAGAAGAAGACUCUGUGUCAUUUUCUCUGAAUAUUGAUGAAUAAAUGAUUUACACUUACACCUUCUUGAA